AAUUAUUAAUUAUGAGGAACCAGAGUAAUUAUUGAAGAGAAGCAAUCAAUCUGCGCUCUGUGCUGCCCAAAAUCAGACUGAGACAAUGGAGCUUCACUUUCACUCCAUUGUAAUGGCUUGUAUGAUAUCACCAUUACUAUUUCUUGCCACUGUAACUGCUGUAAAGGGUCCUCUGAAUUUCAUUGUGGUGGGCGAUUGGGGUAGAAAGGGCUUGUUCAAUCAGUCCCAAGUGGCUGCACAGAUGGCCAUGAUGGCAAACAGGUUGCAGAUAGAUUUUGUCAUAUCAACCGGGGACAAUUUCUACGAAGAUGGCUUGACUGGAACACAAGACUCAAGCUUUGAGGAAUCCUUCUCUUCCAUUUAUACUGCCAGUAGCCUGCAGAAGCCAUGGCAUCUGGUACUUGGCAACCACGACUACAGAGGAGAUACAUUGGCACAAUUGGACCCUGAUCUGAAACGCCGCGAUUCUCGAUGGAAUUGUUAUAGGACUUCUAUUCUUAAGCAGAAUUUGCCACCAUCAUGUAAAGGAACAAAAUGCUCAUUUGUUCAUUUUUUCUUCAUCGAUACAACUCCUUUUGUGGAUCACUACUGGAACAGCACUAAGCACCAAUAUGAUUGGAGACAGGUUUCGCCUCAGAAACGCUAUGUGAAGAAGCAAUUGAAGGGCCUGAACAAUGCCUUAAAAGUUUCACAAGCAACUUGGAAAAUAGUGGUAGGCCAUCAUCCCAUACGAAGUAUUGGGGAACAUGGUGACACAAUCGAGCUUAAGGAGCAACUACUACCAAUCCUUGAGGCCAACCAAGUAGAUCUAUAUGUCAACGGACACGACCAUUGUUUGCAGGAUUUUACAAGCGAUAAAAGCUCCCUUCAUUUUGUAACUAGUGGGGGUGGUUCCAAAGCAUGGGGAGGAGUAGACCUAAAUUCAAACAGUGAAGGACUGCAGUUCUUUUAUCCAGGCCAAGGAUUCAUGUCCAUGCAAAUUACACCAGUCUUUCUUAAAGCAGUAUUUUAUGACAUCAAAGGAAAUUCCCUUCAUGACUUCAGUCUAACAAAGAGCUAGUAUACAAGGAUCAUUAUACUUUGUUAUGUUCUAAAUAAAUAGACUGAUAGCAUAUGUUCAGAUGCUUUUUAUAAGCAUCAAAUCAGGGCAAAAGGAUCCUUACAUAUAAAGAUUUAAGAUUUGCAAAGAUUUGCAGUUUUUCCUCUGCUUCCGUAUAUAUGAAAAAAUUCUCAUCUGCA